UAAAAAAGUGGAAGUUGGCAAAGUCGAAAUGCAUUAAGAGCAAGUGCUUUUUGUUUCGGAUUCAUCUUCACAAAGUGAAGAUUAGAAUUUUAUAUAUUAUUAGUGUUUAUGUGAGAAAAAUUUGAAGAAACAAAAAAAAAAUGUACAAAGGAUUUUGUGCUCCUUGUAAAAUGAUUAAAUCCCAGUGUUUAAAUCGCAUUUAUGAUAAUUGUGUCGCUCAUGUCAAGCCAUUGCAUCUAUCAUCGAGUAGCAGGAAUGGAGGAGGAUCAUGGGCAAGGACACUUUCACCUUCUCAUCCUGCAGUCAAGGAUGUCCCACAAAGAGAUAUUCAUGAAGUUCAAGGAGAAGUCGUUCCCAUUAACAUGGUCAAGGGAAUUGGCCAUCUCAGAGACCCACGACUCAACAAGGGUCUGGCCUUCACCUUAAAGGAGAGGAUAUCAUUGGGAAUCCAUGGACUACAACCGCCGAGAUUUAAAACACAGGAGGAACAGCUGGCCCUGUGUAAAGCGUCCGUAAUGAAGUACACGGAAGAUUUGAAUCGAUACCUUUAUCUGGUUGAAUUGCAGGAGAGGAACGAGAGACUAUUUUUCCGUCUCGUGAGCGAGAAUAUCGAGCAGAUGAUGCCUAUUGUCUACACGCCGACUGUGGGACUUGCCUGUCAAAAAUUCGGCGUUAUUUAUCGAAGGCCACGUGGACUCUUCAUCACCAUCUACGACAAGGGCCAUGUUUACGAGAUUCUCAACAAUUGGCCAGAACAAGCGGUGCGAGCUAUUUGCGUUACGGAUGGCGAGAGAAUUCUAGGUCUCGGUGAUCUUGGUGCUUGCGGAAUGGGAAUUCCAGUAGGGAAAUUGGCUCUCUAUACAGCUCUCGCUGGAAUUAAACCUCAUCAAUGUCUGCCAAUAACAAUAGACGUGGGAACGAAUAAUGAGCAAUUAAGAAACGAUCCUCAUUAUAUUGGACUCAAUAAGCCAAGGAGUCAAGGUGCUGAAUAUGAUGAAUUACUAGAUGAAUUCAUGGCAGCGUGCGUUCGUAAAUAUGGUCAAAAUGUUCUCAUUCAGUUUGAAGACUUUGGAAAUCAUAAUGCCUUCAGAUUUCUAGAUAAAUAUAGAGAUAAGUAUUGUACAUUCAAUGACGAUAUUCAAGGAACUGCCGCCGUAGCAGUUGCUGGAAUUCUCGCCUCAAAACGUAUAACGAAGAAAAAAAUGUCUGACAAUAAAUUCGUCUUCCUUGGCGCUGGAGAGGCGGCAAUUGGAAUUGCGGAUCUCUGCGUGAAAGCAUUGGAAGCUGAUGGACUGUCGGAGGCGGAAGCGCGCAAUAAAAUUUGGAUGAUGGACAUCGAUGGCCUAUUGACAACAUCGAGAAAAGAGGGUACAAUGGACGGUCACAAGAUUUGGUACGCAAAAGAUCAUAGACCAAUAAAAACCCUAAUCGAAGUUGUAAAGGAAGUUAAGCCCUCAGUAUUAAUCGGAGCAUCAGCGGCUGCUGGAGCAUUUACACCUGAAGUUCUUCAAGAGAUGGCAAAAAAUAAUGAAAGACCAUUGAUAUUUGCCCUCAGCAAUCCAACCAGUAAAGCCGAAUGUACUGCUCAACAGGCUUACGACUGUACUGAAGGAAGGUGUAUUUUUUCAUCGGGCUCGCCAUUCGGUGAAGUGAACUAUAAUGGGAAGAUUUAUAAGCCCGGACAGGGAAAUAACGCCUAUAUAUUCCCUGGAGUUGCUUUGGGAGUUAUCGCGACAGGAGUUCAUCAUAUUAUGGAGGAAAUUUUUCUCAUUUCUGCUCAAGUGGUCGCCGAUCACGUAACGGAUGAGGAUCUUGAACGCGGAAGUGUUUACCCUCCUUUAAGUACAAUUAAGGAAUGCUCAAUCGAUAUCGCUGUUAAAAUCGCAGAUUAUGCUUAUGCACAAAACGGUUUGGCUAGUGAAUAUCCAGAACCAAAGGACAAAUUAAAAUUUAUUAUGAGCAAAAUGUACAGCGCAAAUUAUGACAGUCCUCUGCCUGCAUUUUACGAAUGGCCUGGAGAAGCUGCACAUCCUCGUGUUCUUCCCGAAAAAUUAUAAAUGCGUUGACGACUAAAAAAAGGCAACAAGUAAAACGGUAACUUCACAGUUACCAGGCCGUAAAGUAAAUCUAAAACUCCAGUUAAGUGUAUCGCGAUAAUUUUACUGAUAAUGUACUUAUUUAUUGCAAAUGAAGACAACGUUCGAACCACAUUACUCAUUGAAAUGCGACUAAUGCAAAAUAUAAGUUUAUAACUGUUAUCUAUAUGAGAUGAUUAUUAAUUAUCCAUCUGCGAUCGUCUCUACUUUGUAAUUAAAUUACUAAAUGUCAUAAAAAAAAAUCUAUAAAUGUUUGUUGAUUCAGAUGUGAUAAUUAGAAGAAAAAAAAUAGUUGUAGUUAAUUGUUAUUGUACAUUUUCAGGAAUUGUAUAGAAAUCAUAAAAAAGAAAAUUAACCGACCACAGGCGCAUUAUAUUUUUGAAUUAUUUCAAUUAAUCGGAUAUUGUAACAAUGAUAAUUGUGGCUUCCGAAAUGUUGUUGCACCGACAGUAUUUUUUGUACGUAUUCUGAAAAGCUAUAGACGCUAUUUUAAUAUAAGCUUCAAAUCAAAUCAAAGAGAAAACUUGCAAUAUGAUUUUCUUUUCUAAAAUCUGAGCAAGAACAAAGUGAUAAUAUACGACAAAUACAAUUUUUAAAUGUAUCAUUUUAUGUGUAUUGUGUAAAAAAAACAAAAUUUCAUUACGAGUGAAAAAAAGUAUCUUCGAAAUUUAAAUAAAACGUUUUUGGUCUAAUUUAAAAGAUAUGCACUGUGUUGCUAAAAUUGUAAUCUACUGUUCGAAAUAAAUAAUAAUUGAACGAAA